AGUAAUAGUGAAACAACUGCAAACACUCAGAUUGAUCAAAAAGUCCAAGAAUUUAUAAAUGAAAUUUUAAAUCUAGACAUUGACAAAGUGGAAACAGAUAAAGUAAAUGAGCUGGAAAUAGAGGAAGAAAUGAGUAAAAAUGGGCAGACAAUAAGCCUACAAAUGUUGUUGCACUUGUAUGAUCGUGCAU